AGGUCCAGUGGAGACCAGCGCUGACGCAAAGCCAGAGGGUCCUGCUGAUGCAACAAAGACAGAUGCAGGUCCGGAGAAGGGUGCUGCAAAUCCAGAGGGUUCUGCUGACGCCAACAUGGACACAGGUCCAGUGGAGACCAGCGCUGAAGCAAAGCCAGAGGGUCCUGCUGAUGCAACAAAGACAAAUGCAGGUCCGGAGAAGAGUGCUGCAAAUCCAGAGGGUUUUGCUGACGCCAAAAUGAACACAGGUCCAGUGCAGACCAGCGCUGAUGCAAAGCCAGAGGGUUCUGAUGCAACGAGCACAAAUGCAGGUGCCACGCCUGACGGAGGUCCCGAGACGAGCACUGAUGCACCGCAGGGUUCUGCCGAGGCAGCCAACACGGAUUCAGGUGAGAAUGGAGCCAAAGGCAUGGAGGACUCAUCGCAGGACUCGGGCGAGAUCGCGGAGUUGGACUUGGAGUCCUCGGGCGAAGGCGAAGCCUUGGCAUCCCCCGAGUUUGUCGCCAGCCAGGCUUCUGCGAUGCAAGGUGCCGAAGCCAUGGUCCUUCUCUUGAGUAGCGCCGGCAGCUUCGGGCGCUUGGGCGAUGUGAAGACGCCGCCGGAGGAGGUGCCUUUGUGGGAGAUGCCCGAACUGAUUUGCUCCACACUCCUGCUGGGCCUCGCGCCCUUGGCGGACCACGAGGUCUGGAUCGUCCGGAAGGUGAAGCAUGUCAACCACUGCAGUACCGAAGGGCCUUUGCUCACCCUCUUGGAGGAGCGACCGGAGGCGGCCGCCUACGACGUGGUGUCCAUGGAUAUCUCACGCCAUGUGGAUGAUAGGCGCUUCGCGAUCGACGUGCUCCGGCGCGACGCCGGCAAGUGGACCGCCGCCUUCAGGCAGUUGUGUGAAGAAGCGGAGCCCGUGAAGCCCAUCGGGGUGGCUCACGCGCCCCUCAUAGGCGUGGACAAGCAUUGGUGCUACGCCAUGCAGAUCCUCACCUCAGGGCCGUUGACGGGACGGCGUCCCCUACGCUACGUCCUGAGCCAAGAGGGCUACAGCACCGCAGCUCUUGCGAGCCAAGAGCUUUCGCCCGCGCAGGUGAAGGAAGCGAAGCACUUCGAGGCGCUGACUGCGCGGAUGGCCAGCACCGGAUGGAAGCCCUCCGACUUGCUCCGGCUCUUGGCUUUGUUCCCCUUCGUCCGGAGCGACGGCGAGAAGUUCCACGCCUUCUGGACCCGACGGCUGCGCGACAAGUCUUUGCCCGACAGCGGCCGGCCGACACGGGAAGAGCUCGCUUCAAUUCGUGGGAGGCAGCAUGAGCUGUGGCCCCCGGAGCCCAAGGUGGAGGAGCCUCCGCCGAAGAAGGCCUCGUCGGUCCUGCCACUGAGCCGGGAUAGGCCCGACCAGGUGACCAGGGAAGAAGCACCUGCCGAGCCAAGACAGACCACGAAGAGCACGACCAGCCUUCGGCAGGGUUCCGACUGGAACAGAAAUUAUGGAAGAUAUGGCUGGAAAGAUUGGAAUGAUCAGAACUAUUCCAGGAGUGGAGAAGAUCGUGGAGGAUAUUGGAAGAACCGAGAAAAGCACGACAGGUACAAUAGCAGAGAAGAGGAGAGGGACUACAGGUACAGGAGGAGGGAAGAUGAUCGGGAUGACCGGUACAAGAGAAGCAGAGAAGAUGAUCGAGACGACAGAUACAGGAGCAAAGACAGGGACCGAGACAGGGACGAAAGAUCCAAGAGGAGCAGAGAAGAUGAGAAAGAUCUCAAGGCAAGUCGGAAGGAAGAAAAGAGAGAAGCCAAGAAGGAUCCUCGGAGCCGCAGCGGCCGGAAGGGGCGGAAGGUGGACAAAGAGCGGUCAACACGACCCAGGCGCAGACGAACGGGUGGACCACUGAGGACCGGGAGUUUGCGAGGAAUACGUGAAUCAUGAUAGGAAGGUCUUCUUUAAUUACGUUGAUCGCUUUUUGGAGUUUUGAAGUCAAGAAUUGUUCAAGAUUUGGUGGAUGCAUUCAUGUUGCUGGUGGGCGUCGAAUUGCGGCCAUUUUUUGUUGUCUGUUUGUCUUUGUUUUUUGGCAAUAGUGACUUAAGGAUAUUAAGGAUACAAAACAUAUUCAUAACUUCAAUCCACAUUCAUCUCAAGUGUUUGAUCAUUAAAUGUUUACCAGCCACGUUCAGUUGUUGGUUUUAACUCCUGAAAUGUUGAUGCCUUUAUCAUGGAUGGUCGAACCUGGCAUUGAUUCUGAGAGCACUGACCAGUUGAAACACUCCUGAUAUUCUCAAUUAUGUUGGCCGAACUAUGAGUAUGAGUUUUUGGUGUGUCUUUUGGCUACAAAGGCUUCAAGGUAAGCAUCAGGAGGACAAUAUGAGUAAUAAUAACAUGUAAUAACGGUGUUCGGCUGGCGCCAUGCAAAUCAACAUGUUGAUAUCUCUGCGAGACAGGUUGUUUCAACAGGACAACAAAUUGCCGCCAAUGCCACAUAUUUAGGGAUUCUGGGACGCAUCCCAUGGCCCACGAACAUCCCAUGGCAUGGAUAUGUUACAACUAAUUUUCAUUGACCUGUUCUGUACGCAGAUCCAGCAAAUCUCGAUCACGGCGCAAACGACGAUCCAAAGAUCGAA